AUGUCUGCCCAGAUCGCCGAGAACAUCUGUCCCGACGGUUGUUCUCAUAACAAAAUCCGGGCGGACAUCGAGAUUGACCAGCACUACACCUACAAGAUCUACACGCCUGGAAGUCUGAUCGCCGGCCAUGUGACGAUUUCAACACCAUCCGACGUUUUAUUCCACAACAUCGACAUCUUAUUCGUGGGCAGCGCCGCAACCCGAAACUUCGUCCAGCCAGAUCCCGUAUGCGCAACAAGGCCAUUUCUGAAGCUAUGCAUGCCGAUAGACGACGCUUCCUUUCCAUCAGGCCAUCUCUUCAAAGCCAGCAAGAUGUACACGAUCCCCUUUCAUUUCGUGGUGCCCGCUCAGUUGCUCUUGGGCUCGUGUCGACACCGUUGCAAGAACGCGGCAGUCCAAGAACGUCAUUUACGACUACCUCCUUCCAUGGGAUUCUGCCCAGGUGACGACCAGAGCCCUGAUGGGGCGAGGGUUGUGUACAGCAUCAUCGCCGUUGGUACAAGAGAUGUGCUGGAACCGCCUAUACCCGUGCGCCUAUUCACAGCGUACAAGACGAUCCGGAUUCUUCCAAUAAGUCCUGAAGAUGCGCCGCUCGACAUCACAACCGACAAUCGUCGAUAUGUACUUUCCAAGGCACAGUGUCUUUGGAAGACCUUCUUCACGGGGCGUGAAGGUAUAUUGACAGCAUCGGCUUCACAACCCAAGGCUGUUAUGCUGUCGCCAGACGAGACAGGGGCAUCAUGGUCCUUGGUGCGACUCAAGUUGGUCUUCGCACCUGCUUCGUCGCUCUACACGCCUCCGCGCAUAAAGUCAGUAUCGGGAAAGAUUAUUGCCACAACCUUUUUUAAUAUUUCGCCUCUCAAUCGCCUUCCCAGUGUCGAAACCUGGGACAGAGGCGAGGAUCAACCGUUCCAACAUACAACGGGCCACAAACUAUUUGACGAGCAGGCCGAGGGACUCGUUUGGACCAAGGAUGCUGAUACCGCGGAGUUGGAGGGACGGCGUGCAUCAUAUCCUCUGGACCCUUCCCACUCGCUCAACCGACCUCAUGAGACCUUGACUCGCAACCGCACCAACGAGGAUGGCGGCGCCAGACCGUCAAUGUGCUUCACAUCGGCCAUGGACAUACAGUUCAGCAUUCCCAGCGACAAGAGUGUCUUCUUCCCACCGUCGUUUGAUUCAUGCCUCAUCUCCCGGGUCUAUUCCUUACGGCUCAGUAUUUCCCUUGGAGCUGCCCACACGAGCCUUGUUCUCAAACUGCCUCUCCAGAUUGGUGUCCAGGGCGCAAUCCCCCAUGCUUUUCGAGCCGGAGAGGGUGGCAACGAGUCGGAAAGGAUGAGGGCUGCAGCGUGUUACAACGUACUGCCCGAGUACAGCUCAAUAUUCUGA